AUGUUGCCUGCACGCCAUUUUACAGAUACGCGCUCGCAGCAUCAAACACUGCGCUCAUUUUUAACAAAUUGUCGUCCGGCGACCGCACCUUUUAAUGUGGUGCAGAGACUCACAGCAGGGCUUACGACACUUGACAAUAAACUAAUAUCGCAACACAAGAAACAGCGACGGCACGGUGUUGAACGUUCAAAGGGCUUACGUAAAAAGCAGAUUGCAUCGCCGGUUCCCGAAAUUUUACAGCAAAAUGACAAUGGAGAGGAGGUACUUGACGCAGUACUUGGAAUAGAAGUACAAGAUCCUAGUCAACGUGAGCCAGUGCUCUUCUUUAUUACUGUAUUCCAUGGCAAAGACUUGUAUCCUUCCCCGCUCGCCUGUUUACCAGCGGAAUUUGACACUAGCCGGCAGAUUCUGGCUUGUCGUUACCGUGUACUGAGGAAGAUCGGAGAAGGUACGUUUUCUCAGACAGUAUGUGCCCAGGACUUGUAUUAUCCCGGACGGCAUCUUGUUGCGAUUAAGAUAAUGACUAUUUCAUACAAUGCAAUCGGUGUACAGGAAAGCAAACUUUUGCGAUACCUGAACGCUAAAAACGAAGACAGUGACACCCACAUUGUUAGAUUACUCAAUACUUUUGUCUUUGAAAAUCAUUUUUGUCUUGUUUUUGAGUAUUUGGGAGGAGGGACAAUAUCUAUACCGCAAAAUUACAGCGAGCAAGAACGAUUGCAUAUACUGAGGAAGGUAGCAUGCCAGCUUUUAACGGCACUUAUGUACCUUCGAGGAAUGGGUGUGAUACAUGCUGAUCUUAAGCCUGAAAAUAUUAUUGGUUUGACUGUUGAUUCGUACAAAUUGAAAGUAAUAGAUUUUGGUAAUGCUCUUAGCUCUGAUGAUGUCUACCAUUAUUAUGAAACAUUUGAGAUACAAAGUCUUUUAUAUAGAGCACCUGAGGUUCUCUUAGGCUUGCCAUUUGGACUAGAGAUUGACAUGUGGUCGCUUGGAUGUUUGUUAUGCGAGUAUUGGUUAGGUCAUCCCAUAUUUCGAAGUUCGACAGCUGACGGGAUGGUAAGAGCAAUAACAGACGUUCUAGGGUAUCUUCCUGACGCACCUUACAAGAAUGGCAAGUUUAUAAUACGCGGCACAUUGGAAAGCGACAGUGAGCUUGAUGACGACAAAGCUCAUGAUAUAAAGUCACGAAAGCUGCGAAUAGCGCGCUUGUCUGAAAUAUUACAGUCUCGAAAUAUCGACUUUAUCAAUUUCGUCAACGAUAUAUUCCAUUAUGACCCAUCCGAGAGGCCGAAACCUGUCGAAGCGCUUUGUCAUCGGUUUUUGGCACCUUUAUUCCCUUAUAAGAUGCUUGUUGAUAAUUACAACGUGUCAUAG